GCGCAUCGCCAGCUCUCCGGGCCCGGUCGACCUCUGCAUCACUCGCGGUUCUUGCGAGAGGGGAGACUCAGGACCCAUUGUUGGAGUGAGUGAGCGCCUUAUCAGCUGUUCUCGACGAUGCGGAGUGUAUAGUCCGGUCAUAGUCCAUUCAAGUGCUAGGUGAGCCAGUCUUCCAGCUCGUCGGAUGCAGGGCACGGCAGGGGCUGUUAUUGGCGUCGCGAGAGCUCUGGGGUCUAGAGCAUUCGUUCGGGCUGUGUCUUGUCCUUGGAUCUGGAGCAAUACUUUUGAGCGAGGGUCGCGUGCAUUUGAGUGCUGCCGUGUCGUUUUGAUUGGUAGCUCUUUGUGCUAGACUUCUGCUGUCUCCUCCCCAAAUCGAGUCCAUAAUGUAUCAAACAUCUCAUUCUGAUCACAGUUCUAAGGGAAUGAAGGUGAAGCAUCUUGUGCAGCUGGUGAGUCUAACGGUGUUGUUCACAUGGUUGCUCUACCAGCUGAACAGUUCACACCAGGUGAAAGUUGCUUCAUUGCGCCUGAGGGCCGAUGAGAUUGAAGAUGAUGGGGCAGGAGGGCUCAACGAUGCGAGCAAUCUUCUGGAUAUUUUCUCGGAUAUCGACCUAGGUCGAGUGGGAGAUGAAAUCCUGAGCCGUAGUUUGUUGCGGCAGAAAAACAUUCAGCCGGCUGAAUUGAGAGAAAUUGAACGUGAAGAGAAUAACAACGGAGUCGAUGAGCUCGAACAAGUUGCGGAUGAGGGCGAUGAUUCUGGUGAAGGUGACGGAGACGAAGGCGCUGUCAAUCUCUUAGAUCAGGACGAGCAGGUUCGAGGUGUGGACGAAAUAGAAGGUGAGGGAGAGCUAAAGGAGGAGUCAGCACCGGAGGGAAUCGUCGCCGAAGAGUCCGAAGCUCUGGAGCAGCCAGGGCGACUCCACCCCUCGAAAUUGGAUCCUGCCAGCUGAGUACGUCGGUAGAGGCCCCCUCUCAUUCACGGUGAAAGUGCUCCCCGUUCACCGUAUCGCCAGGAAACCUGAACCAUAUCACGGCAGGUGCGGUGUCAGUAGCGGUGUCACAAGCCUAGCGUGGAAUCUCAAUGCUCUAAUCUUCGCGUUCUCCUGGUGAGAAACGGCCUGCUAUUGAGAUACUGAGACGGAGAGGAUUGAGAAUUGGCACUGCUGUUGAAGGAAGAAGAGGGGUCACAAUCGUACUGGAGAAGCCUGCGUUGACUGAGGUGCGGAUGCUGGAAACGGCUUGUUUAGAUGCAAGCUCUUGUAGCGGGAACAAGGAAAGCCACACUGGCGAAAAUUGUGCAAUUAAAUUUCGGGAGGAGCCAUACCUGGCGAGCUAAAAUGGUGUCGAGCAUGUCAAACAAGGAGAUUCUGUCGACCGCAGGUGAGGGCAAGAAUCUGCCCGCUCAACCCCGUGGAAGAAUAAGUUUUCGCGCACGCAAAGCCGUGCACGCAUCACCAUUCAACGAACCCUUAUCGAAGAAUGGCGAAGAUGAGAACUCCAAGGCAUCCUCAUUAUUGUCUAGCGCUGGCCAAAUCGGGAGUAUCGUCCAUGAAGAUAGUAAUAGGCAGACAGGACGCACCAGACGAGGUGCCUUUGGUACAAGAAGUGGAGAAUUAUUUGAUAGUCCUUCACAAGGACGAAAAGUCCGCAGAAAGAAAGCCGCUCCUUCAGUCCCCACGACGUCGACAGAGGUGGCCCUGUUAACGACUUCGGGAGAUCCGUCAAAAGCAUCAACGGUGGAUUUUUGGCACUCUUCUCUUUCCGAACCAACAGGAGUCGCCGCAGACCACGCCGCGGACCACGAUUCGACAGCAGCUCCGAUUCUCGCUACGACUACGACAGCGACGACAUUGGUUGGCAGCGAAGAGAUGGCCGCCGCCAUCGAACACCUGAAGCGUGCCGACGCGAGGUUGCGAAGUGUGAUCGAAAUGCACGAUGAAGGCCCGAAGUUCGAGAAAUGUGACAGCGCAUUUUCGGCCUUGGCGCGAAGCAUCGUCUUCCAACAGCUCGCGACGAAAGCCGCGUCCGCCAUCUUCGGUCGCGUCCUCGUCCUCUGCGGGGGCGCAGAGAAUCUGCGGCCUGAAAGAGUAGCCGAGCUGUCGAAGGAGCAGCUGCGAGCCGUCGGGAUUUCGGAGCGGAAGGCGAGCUACCUUCACGACCUGGCAGCCCACUUUGCGUCGGGAGCUUUAUCCGACGCGGCCAUCGGCGAGAUGGACGACGGCGAUCUGAUGAAAGCCCUGAUGGCCGUGAAGGGCAUCGGCGUCUGGUCCGUGCACAUGUUCAUGCUCUUCUCUCUGCACAGGCCGGACGUGCUCCCGGUGGGCGACCUUGGCGUCCGCAAGGGCUUUCAGAAGUUGUACCAGCUGGCAGCGCUGCCGUCGCCUGCUGAGAUGGAGCGGCUGUCUCUGAGCUGGCAACCCUACCGGUCCAUCGGGUCCUGGUACAUGUGGCGUGUCCUCGAUAUGACUCUUCCCUUCUAAUAAUAAAAGGAUCGUCUCCCUCAGCAUCGUCUACGCGUGGCAUACUUUCGUACCUCCCAAAGUCGCAAUUUUUUUGGGGGUUUUUGCCCAGUCCCAAAUUCCGAGCAGAUUAAUUCGGAUUGUUUCAAUCCGAAUUAAUCUGAAACAAUCAACAAUCAGGCUCGCGCCUCCAAAUGUCUAAUACUGUCAGGGUCACGAGAGCCUAAUACACUUGGAAUGUAAGCGAUUGUCGAAUCUCCCUCUUUGUUUGACCUUUCUCACUUCAUGGCUCUGCAAAUCCGUAAUCAAGAACCAUGCCGCGAUUUUUACAGAAUUGAUUGGCCAGGAAAUAGAGGUCUCAAGUUCUCAACUCGUAGUGAGAGCUCACCUGAAUUCGAUCUCCUCUUUUUGCUUUUGGCAAAUGUGUCAAAUAAAUUGACACAUUUACCGUUCAGACAUUUUGCAGUUUCUAAUGAGAAUGUUCGGACAAGUAGAUAGUAACAAGAGAUGUAAGUGUCUGGCUACGAUAUAAUUUAAGUCAAUUCUUGUG